AGGCUCUGUCGGCGACAUACAUAGGCAAGCACUGUAUUUGCGGUUUGCGCCGCCGGUUCUGGCCGGCCCCGGUUCUUUUCGUGUUCCGCCAACGACAAGCUAAUAAGACAGCGGUUUGCCUGCAUGUACGCCGUGAUCGCCAGAUGAGGUUUAUUACCGGAAGUCCGAUAACAGGAAACACCCUGCUCCGGCAUCCCCCACGUGCACCCCAACACCCCCCGUCUCCUUCUGAGGACCCCGCCGAUGUUCCCUUGAAAUGGCAAAAUCUCCCAUUGCGCAAUCCACGCAAGACGGCGCCUCGCACCGCGGGCCCAUGGAUGGCCCGAAAGCUCAGAACAGGCCCUGGGCGGCGUUGCACCGGGCGGGCAAACACGUGGCCGGACAGCGGGAUGUGUUUGGCCGCACGCUUCUACAUAUAUGCGUGCUUGCCGACGACCCCGCGAGCUUCCGCCGGGUGCUCCGGGCCGGGGACAGCAGAAGCAGCUUGGGGGCCACCGACCUCGAAAACGGCUGGAACGUCCUCCACUACAUCUGCCACCACAAGCGGCUCCGGUGCUUCAGUGUGUUGAUGGCGUUUUUGGACCCCGGCGGCGCGCCGCAGCCUGUUUUGAAGGACCUUCUCGGCAGAAAAGACCGCAGCGGCGCCACGCCGCUUGCGCUUCUCCAGAACGACACCAAGGACUUGUUCUGGGUGCCGCAGUACAUCAACGAAAACGGGCGGUUCCACUUGGCACGCCGCUUUGCCGCGCGCAGGCUGGACGGCCGCCCUGGCGGGAAUGGCCGCGCUGCUCCGGAGACUCCCGUGGACAACGGCACUGCCCACGGAGGCAACGCCCACAACACCCGCGCCUCCCUAAGAGACGUUGGCCACGACUGGUGGUGUGACACGCGAGGCGGGUCCGGCAUCUACGUGCUUGGCGCCAACGCCCAUGGCAACCUCGGCGUGGGCGACUCGCACGACCGCAGUGUGCCCGUGCCGAUCGACCGGCCCGAGGCUGGCGCCGGCGGGCGGGCGCUCCUCCAAAGACCCCGGGUCCAGCUCGUCGAGAUGUCCACGCACCACGCGGUGCUCGGCACCACCGACGGCACGCUCUACUCGUGUGGCGUCGGGUCACGUGGCCGGUUGGGGCAGGGCAAGGCCUCGAGUGCCAGCCGCUUCAGGCAGGUGGUGCUCCCCGCAGGCGCGCUGGCGGUGACGGCGUGCGCCGUGUCCUCCGGCCACACGGUGGUGUUGACUGCGUCCGGGGCCCUCUAUGCAUGGGGCCAGAACACGCUCAACCAGUUGGGCUUCACGUCGGCCGCGCCGCACAACGCGUUCAAGACCAUCGCGGACGUGUACGAGAACUCGCCCGUGGAGAUUGCCGGGGGGGACCUCCGCAGGAAGACGGCGCACAUCCGCGGCGUUGCCGUGUCCAAGAUCCACUCCGUGGCCCACUCGGCUCACUCGCUAUACUUCUGGGGGCUCGACGUCGGCCAGAUCGCCGUGGCCGCCGCGGGCGAGGCCUCGGACCACCGCGUCCAUGGCAAGUCCUACAGCGGCGUGGUGGUGCCGCAGCCAAAGGAGGUGCCGAUGCGGGACGAGAUCAAGCUUGUGGCCACCUGCGAGACGUGCACGUGCGUGGUGACCGUGUCCAACGAACUCUUCGUCUACUACAUGGGGCAGCGGGCCAAGCUCCCGAGGCUCCCGCCGCGGGCAAGUGCCGAGGCCCAUUUCGACUUCUUCAAGCCCACGUGUCUCACGCGCGCGCCCUCCGUCAAGAAGGUGGCGAUGAAGACCCCGGCGGCGGUGCACGUGUUGCUCGACAGCGGCGAUGUCAUUGCGUUUGGCUUGCCAGCGCGCGACAUCAAAGCUCUCCGCUCGACGCGCUACUCGUACGCGUGGCUGGCCUCCGAGCCCAGCAUGCGUGCCGUGGACAUUGGCAAUUCUGCAGACGGGUCCUUGCUUGUAUGCACCAGGAACGGCUCGGUGUAUCUCCGCUCAAACCUGCCGCCUGUGCCACAGAGAAGACCCUCGUCCACCGGCAUGGCGGGUCUCGUGCCUUCCGCCCACAAGAAAUUCAGGAAGGUGGAGGGCCUCAACCGCGUGCUCCGCGCCACAUGCAACGACACCUUCACGUCUUUCGCCUUCAUCAGAGACGACGCCGACAGCCUCCCCCUCAAGCUCCAGAAAAACGACUUUCUCGAGGACAUGGAGUAUUUGAGCCCUUUCGCCGAGCCUGACUUGUACCGCAAGCAAGACCAGUUGCUCGACACGGACCACGACACCAACUGCUACGUGUCGGACUUUUUGUAUCCGCCAGCGCCUGAGCAAAGUGCUGUGGAGGACGACAGGCUCCUCCUCUUGAGCAGAAUGAAGGCCGGCUUGGCGACGUUCAAUGAGAAGAACGAGCAGCUGGAAUCAAACGAUCUUCUCAGGAAGCGAACACUACAGAAGUACUCCCGUGACAAAAACAAGGAGCCGUGUUCGGAUUCGGUGUUCCAAAGAAUCCCGGCCCGCUCCAUCGACUCGCACAUCCAGGCCUUGAAGGCAUGUAUUGCUGGGGCCCCAACCUGUGCCCCGUAUGAGUGGCUGGGGGCAAAGUUCUGUGACGGCAAAAUCGAGUUGGCGCAGUUCCCCAACUUCGCUAUCGGGUUCCACACUGACAUUUUCAGAAAGAGGUCGAGGCUCUGUGAGCAGAUUUUCCUGCCCCAAGAGGAGGGCGAAUACUUCGUCCAUCAAAAAAUCAAAGGCACCUAUGAUGCGACCAAGCGCGUGAUCCGAUUUCUGUCCGAGGUCGAGCCUUUGGCGGUAUUGAUUUUCGUGUAUUUCGUGUACACGAACACGCUUCUCGAGGUCUGGCUGGAGUUUGAGAAAGAUGACGUGAACAUAGGAGCUUCCCGCAGGGUCAAAAGCGACGUUUUGCUGCUCAUGACGUUGUUCAACAUGGACGUGACUGUAGGCAAAACCGAGCUAUAUCUUGCACAGCUUCAGGACUCGAACAAGGAAUUGAAUGCAGAUGUGACUAUCAUGCUAUCCAGAGGUGAAUCAGUGACAUGCUCCUCUCUGAUUAUCUCUCGAAGUGCGUUUUUCGAAACGAUUCUUUCAGGGCGAUGGGAAUCUGGCAAUGUCAAUGACGAUUUUGGGGAAGACAGCACCGUUAUGAAAUACAUCGGCUUGGAAGAGAUCAGCCUCGUCCACAUGAAGGUGAUUCUUGCGCAUCUCCAAGGCUGUCACGACUUGCACGUAUUUGAUUAUGCUCUUGACACUGAGGCCGAUUCCUGGGAUUCCGACGACUUUGUCAACUUCUUGUUAGAGACGAUCGAAAUUGCAGAUGAGCUCUUACUUGUUCAACUCAAGCAUCUAUGCGAGUUGGCAAUCAAAGAGUUCAUAAGCAUUGAUAAUGUACUUGUUCUCGUGGGCCACGCAGAUUGGAUGGGCGCAAAAAAGCUUUUUAUGGCCUGCUGCUGGUAUAUGUACAAUAACCUCGAGGUCGUCCUUUUCGACAACAGUCUCCUAGACUUGAGUGAUAGCAUUGUGGAGAAAAUCGAGGCCCAGAUGCAGCUUCUUGACAAGUGCAAGCACCCGGAGUUUGUUGUGGGUGAUCAUGGCGAAGUCAAUUGGAGCGUGUUCUGUCGCAAGUCUGGGCCCGCUAGCAAGAUAACCGUGGAGAAUUUCACCGCAGAUCUUGCUCAGUUCAAUGAGAUUUUCAUGAGUGAUGCAAAGGGUUUCUCCAGCUUCGAGCCUUUGGUCGAUGUAAAGACAGAUGGGGCAGUCACGGCAGAAGCAAGACGCAAGCUGCUGAACAGAAGAAUGUCAAAUAGAGAAAGCGGAGAUGUGCUCUCGGAAGUGCGCAGACUCAGUAUUUCGUCCACUGCUGCCUUGCCCAAUAAGCUUGGGGCUUCGGGCACAAAACAAAGUGAUCAAUUUGCUACGAGAGAAGAGGAGUGUGCAGUGGUCGAUGACGAGGAGUUUGAGAUCGUCAGGAAUCGCAGAAGAAAGUCGAAAAGUCGCCUUUCCAACCACAAGGGUGGGGAAACGGCGUCGCUGGAUACUUUGCUGCAGAGUGAAGGCUCCAGCGCCGCUGAUUCUGAUGUGCCAGCAAAUCUGGCUCGAGAUGGACCAGCCCCUAGAACAGGAAGUGGGGCUAUUCGGAAACACUCAGCUCCAUUUACAACAGGUCCUGUCCUCGGGCCUGCUCUAGGCGAGACCUGGAAUGCCGAAAAGAAACAGACCAGAAUUAAGUUUGCGCCGGCUAUGAAGCUCUCGCAGAAAGAAAGACGCAGAUUAAGGCACGGGAAUGACACUACGACUUCAUCUGCUAAUAACAUAAGUGGCGGUAGCAACAGUCAACAGGAAUUCCGUAAUCCGUGGAAUAUUACCAAGUCAGAGGAGAUUGGGGCCGCUUCUGCGGUAGAAAGCGACGGAAAGCUAAAGGCUUUGCCUAUUUUGGGCCAAAAAGAAGCACCUGCGCCGAAACUUUCGGCCAUUAUGUUGGAGGAGGCCACCCGGUCAGCCGAGGAAAAAGAGCCUGUGAUUACUCAGACAUUGCAAGAAAUUCAGCAAGAACAAGAGUUUGCCAAGUGGUGGGAAGAGGAAUGCAGGAGAGUGCAACAGUUAGAGCAGGCCCAGACCGAUUCCCUGUCUGGAAACAAUGGACAAUCGCAUCUGCUGAGGACAGAGUCGAGAAGAGGGGGGAGGCCACGGCGAGGCAAAGGCAGGCGUGGGGGCUGAACCUCGGACUACGAACGCGGCUCAAAGAGCCAAUAGGUUAUAAAGUUGGAA